AAGAGGCCGCGCAGCAUGGAGCGGAGCGCACCGUCUCUGCGCACGACUCUGUCCUGCAGGUGAGGAGAGGACCCCGACAGCGGAAGACUAAUCAGACAUGUAUAAGGACACAGUAACUCGGACGUUCAGCAUUGGAGCUAUCAGUGGAAACAAAUCUUCAGAUGAUCUGUCCACAGAACGCAGACACAGCAGCGCAGGUCUCCGUGCACUCCUGUGGGCUACCAACAGCGCAAAGUCCUUCGGUUGUUCCCUGGGAUCAGACUCCCAGACGAGCCGGGAGAACAUUUUUCCAAACAUCCUCACACCUGGCAGCAUCCCACAGUUCACUAUACCGAGUCUGUCUGUGCAGAGCGGCUUGAGAUCUGUGAACAAGGGUAUAGAGGACGAGUCGGGAGAAGGUUUGGGGAGUCCCGGGACAGAGCAGGAAACUCGUGAAUCUGUCUCUGUUGCCUCUUCCGGCCUCUUAUCAACCACAUCUUUUUCAGCGUCCAGUUCAGUUCUGUCAGACCGCAAAGCCGAGCGCAGCGUCUCAGACCCUUUCAUGAAGAGAAGGGCUCUCCUCCUCAGGGAGUGCUCCUAUCCAUUACCCGAGGCCCAGCACUGCCUGGACCCGGCCAGCAGAGCCGCCCUCUCCCUGCCACACCUGGCCAAGGUCACCACCCCGUACGGCUUCAUCACCUUGAGCCAGAGCCCGCAGAUGGCGAACGAGGAGGCGCUUCUGUGCCAAGCCGGGCUGCGCCGUUUAACCAGGGAUGAGGAAGCUGCAGGAUGUGAGGAGAAAAAUCCAGAGAAAAAAACAGAAGACAUGAAGGUCAACUCCUCUCACAUUUCUGGAGCUAAAAAGAGACUUUCCAAAGACUCAACUGACUCAAGGACUAAAGGACAAUCAGUAAACACAGAGAUCAAAUCUUCUCCUGCCUCAUCCACCAGCACAGCAGCUUCUGCAGCCAGACACCCAGAUGGCAAACUUAAACGCCGCUUCUACAACAUUAUAAAGAAACACUUCACCUGCCAUUGAAAACUACGGGACUACAGAAGUGUUUGAGUGGAACUUAAAUUGGUUUACAUUAUGCAUCUUUUUCUCUAUAAAAAUGCACUGAUCAUUUUUGACUCAUGUCAUUCGAUGAAACUAUGAUUGUGCUGUAAAAAUUAAAACAUGUGACAUCAA